CUGUUCUCGAGUCCCAGGCUCACCUACUUUGCUUUUGUUGUCUGCCCUCUAGUGUGCCCUGGCAUGGACAUCCGGAACAACCUGACCAGGCUGCAUGAGCUGGAGAACUGCUCGGUUAUUGAGGGCCACCUGCAGAUCCUCCUGAUGUUCAAAACCAGGCCUGAAGACUUCCGAGACCUCAGUUUCCCCAAACUCAUCAUGAUCACAGACUACUUGCUUCUUUUCCGUGUCUAUGGCCUGGAGAGUCUGAAAGACCUCUUCCCCAACCUUACAGUUAUCCGAGGCUCCCGCCUCUUCUUCAACUAUGGCCUGGUCAUCUUUGAGAUGGUCCACCUGAAGGAGCUGGGGCUGUACAAUCUCAUGAACAUCACCCGGGGCUCUGUCCGCAUUGAGAAGAAUAAUGAGCUCUGCUACCUGGCCACCAUUGACUGGUCCCGGAUCCUGGAUUCUGUGGAGGACAACUACAUUGUGCUGAACAAAGAUGACAAUGAGGAAUGUGGGGAUGUCUGUCCAGGCACCGCCAAGGGCAAGACUAAUUGCCCUGCCACAGUCAUCAAUGGGCAGUUUGUGGAACGUUGCUGGACACACAGUCAUUGUCAGAAAGUUUGCCCCACCAUCUGUAAGUCACAUGGCUGCACAGCUGAAGGCCUGUGCUGCCACAAGGAGUGCCUAGGCAACUGUUCGGAACCCGAUGACCCCACCAAGUGUGUGGCCUGCCGCAACUUCUACCUGGAUGGUCGGUGUGUGGAGACCUGCCCACCCCCUUACUACCACUUCCAGGACUGGCGCUGUGUGAACUUCAGCUUCUGUCAAGACCUUCACUACAAAUGCAGGAACUCUAGGAAGCCUGGCUGCCACCAAUACGUCAUUCACAACAACAAGUGCAUCCCUGAGUGUCCUUCUGGCUAUACCAUGAAUUCCAGCAACUUGAUGUGCAUCCCAUGUCUGGGACCCUGUCCUAAGGUCUGCCAGAUCCUGGAUGGCGAGAAGACCAUUGACUCUGUGACAUCUGCCCAGGAGCUCCGAGGCUGCACAGUGAUCAAUGGCAGCCUCAUCAUCAACAUCCGAGGGGGCAACAACCUGGCAGCUGAGCUCGAGGCUAACCUUGGCCUCAUUGAAGAAAUUUCAGGGUUCUUAAAGAUCCGACGUUCCUAUGCUCUAGUAUCUCUUUCUUUCUUCCGGAAGCUUCAUCUGAUUCGAGGAGAGACCUUGGAAAUCGGGAACUACUCUUUCUAUGCCUUGGACAACCAGAACCUCCGACAGCUCUGGGACUGGAACAAACACAACCUUACCAUCACUCAGGGCAAGCUCUUCUUCCACUACAACCCCAAGCUCUGCUUGUCAGAAAUUCACAAGAUGGAAGAAGUUUCUGGAACUAAGGGCCGCCAGGAGAGGAAUGACAUUGCCCUGAAGACCAAUGGGGACCAGGCAUCCUGUGAAAAUGAGUUACUUAAAUUUUCCUUCAUUCGGACGUCUUUUGACAAGAUCUUGCUGAGGUGGGAGCCCUAUUGGCCCCCUGACUUCCGAGACCUCCUGGGAUUCAUGCUCUUCUAUAAAGAGGCCCCUUAUCAGAAUGUGACGGAGUUUGAUGGGCAGGAUGCUUGUGGCUCCAACAGCUGGACUGUGGUAGAUAUUGACCCACCCCAAAGGUCCAACGACCCCAAGUCUCAGACCCCAAGCCACCCUGGGUGGCUAAUGCGGGGUCUCAAGCCCUGGACUCAAUAUGCUAUCUUUGUCAAGACCUUGGUUACCUUCUCUGAUGAACGCCGGACCUACGGAGCCAAAAGUGACAUCAUCUAUGUGCAGACAGAUGCCACUAACCCUUCUGUGCCCCUGGACCCCAUAUCAGUUUCUAAUUCCUCAUCUCAGAUUAUCUUAAAGUGGAAGCCCCCCUCCGACCCCAAUGGUAACAUCACACACUACCUGGUCUACUGGGAGAGGCAGGCGGAGGACAGCGAGCUGUUUGAGUUGGAUUAUUGUCUCAAAGGGCUGAAGCUCCCCUCACGGACCUGGUCCCCACCCUUUGAAUCGGAUGAUUCUCAGAAGCACAAUCAGAGCGAGUAUGACGACUCAGCCAGUGAAUGCUGCUCAUGCCCCAAGACUGACUCUCAGAUCCUCAAGGAGCUGGAGGAGUCCUCAUUCAGGAAGACCUUCGAGGAUUACCUUCAUAACGUGGUGUUUGUCCCCAGAAAACCCUCUUCAGGCAAUGGUGCCGAGGACACUAGGCCAUCCCGAAAACGAAGAUCCCUUGAAGAGGUGGGGAAUGUGACGGCCACCAUGCCCACACUUGCAGAUUUUCCCAACGUCUCCUCCACCGUUGUUCCCACGAGUCAGGAAGAGCACAGGCCAUUUGAGAAAGUGGUGAACAAGGAGUCACUUGUCAUCUCUGGCCUGAGACACUUCACUGGCUACCGCAUUGAGCUGCAAGCCUGCAACCAAGACUCACCCGAUGAGAGGUGCAGUGUGGCUGCCUAUGUCAGUGCCCGAACCAUGCCUGAAGCUAAGGCAGAUGACAUCGUUGGCCCUGUGACCCAUGAAAUCUUUGAGAACAAUGUUGUACACUUAAUGUGGCAAGAGCCAAAGGAGCCCAAUGGUCUGAUCGUGCUGUAUGAAGUGAGCUACCGGCGCUAUGGUGAUGAGGAGCUGCACCUCUGUGUCUCCCGGAAGCAUUUUGCCCUGGAGCGGGGCUGCAGGCUUCGAGGGCUCUCCCCAGGAAACUACAGUGUUCGAGUCCGGGCUACCUCCCUGGCAGGCAAUGGCUCCUGGACAGAACCCACCUAUUUUUAUGUGACCGAUUAUUUAGAUGUCCCAUCAAAUAUUGCCAAAAUUAUCAUCGGGCCGCUCAUCUUUGUCUUCCUCUUCAGUGUUGUGAUUGGAAGUAUUUAUCUCUUCCUGAGAAAGAGGCAGCCAGAUGGACCAAUGGGACCGUUGUAUGCAUCUUCAAACCCUGAGUACCUCAGUGCCAGUGAUGUGUUUCCUUCUUCUGUGUACGUGCCGGAUGAGUGGGAGGUGCCUCGAGAGAAGAUCACCCUCCUACGAGAGCUGGGGCAGGGAUCCUUUGGUAUGGUGUAUGAGGGCAAUGCCAAGGAUAUCAUCAAGGGCGAGGCAGAGACCCGAGUUGCGGUGAAGACUGUCAAUGAGUCAGCCAGUCUCCGAGAACGGAUCGAGUUCCUCAACGAGGCAUCAGUCAUGAAGGGAUUCACCUGCCAUCAUGUGGUCCGCCUCCUUGGGGUGGUGUCCAAGGGCCAACCAACACUGGUAGUGAUGGAAUUGAUGGCUCAUGGAGACUUGAAGAGUCACCUCCGUUCUCUGCGACCGGAUGCUGAGAAUAACCCAGGCCGUCCUCCCCCUACCUUGCAAGAAAUGAUUCAGAUGACAGCAGAAAUUGCUGAUGGCAUGGCAUACUUGAAUGCCAAGAAGUUUGUGCAUCGGGACCUGGCAGCUCGAAACUGCAUGGUUGCUCACGAUUUUACCGUCAAAAUUGGAGACUUUGGAAUGACAAGGGAUAUCUACGAGACAGAUUACUAUCGGAAAGGGGGCAAGGGCCUGCUGCCCGUGCGGUGGAUGUCACCUGAGUCCCUGAAGGAUGGAGUGUUUACCGCUUCUUCUGAUAUGUGGUCCUUUGGCGUGGUCCUUUGGGAAAUCACCAGCCUGGCUGAGCAACCUUACCAAGGCCUGUCUAAUGAACAGGUGUUGAAAUUUGUCAUGGAUGGAGGCUAUCUGGAUCCACCUGAUAAUUGUCCUGAGAGACUCACGGACCUGAUGCGCAUGUGCUGGCACUUCAACCCCAAGAUGAGGCCAACCUUCCUGGAAAUUGUCAACUUGCUCAAGGAUGACCUCCACCCGAGCUUUCCAGAAGUUUCCUUCUUCUACAGCGAAGAGAACAAGGCUCCUGAGAGCGAGGAGCUAGAGAUGGAGUUCGAGGACAUGGAGAAUGUCCCCUUGGAUGGGUCCUCUCACUGUUACAGGGAAGACGCUGGGGGCCGGGAAGGAGGGUCCUCUCUGAGCAUUAAACGGACCUAUGACGAGCACAUCCCGUACACCCACAUGAAUGGGGGCAAGAAGAAUGGGCGCGUCCUCACCUUGCCCAGGUCCAACCCUUCCUAACAGCGCCUGCUCAGGGAAGGAUUCUUUCUUUUUUAGAGCUCUUCUCUAGUUUGACCGCCUCCAGGAAACUCAGGAUUAUCAGGACUCCAUCCAGAUGUGAAACUGAGCUCAGAGAUAGUUCAUACGCGUUUCUGUUUGUCUUUUGACCUAAGUAUACACACGCGUGAUUGCCAACCCCCGCAAGCCUGUGGAGGGCUAACUGUGAACCUAGAGGGGUUGGACUUUCCGCGGCCACGCCCCCUCUCAUCCACGGUUUCAACCCAGGAUUUUGUUGUUGUUGUUGUUUUCCUCAUAGACUGAAAGAAUGCGCCUGUUUUCUUGCUAGUAUGUGAGUUACAGCUAGUUGUCAAAGACAGACUUUAUUUAUGGGGCACGAGUCAGAAAGCAAAGGAGAGACAGACAGAAAAAAAGAAAAAUCCAACCUGCAGGGCCCAAGCUUUGCAGGGUUGGGCUUGAGAAGAUUUCAUUAAUCUGAGAGAAGAAUUUCAUUUUAUUUUAGUUCUUUUUUUUUUCUCAUUCACAAAAUCAGUUCCUCAAAUUGACCAAUAGCUGCUGCUUUCUUAUUUUAUUUUGGGAAAGGGUGUGCAGUCCUAAUUGUGGGCUCUUGCGCACACCUGUGUGUGUUUGUGUGUGUGUUGUGUCCAGGCUAGAGAUCACAGGGUGGGGUGGGGGUUGUGUGUGUGUGUAAAAUAGUAUCUGGACUCUUGCUUGGGGAAUUGACUCGUGAAGCUCCUGCAGCUUGGAGUGGGCGACCUCACCUUGUCCUUCCUGCUCAUUAACUCAUUCUCCUCAAAUGCUUCACAGUCUCCUCAGAAGUUUUGCUCAGGUGUCUUCUUUCCCUCUCUUUGGCAAUGUUUCCCAAAAACUGAAGGAGGACUGUUUGGUUUGGAUUCAUUAAGACUGUUUGGAAGACCAAACAAAGCAAAGGACACACAGACACACAGACACACAGACACACAGACACACAGACACACAGCACACACACACACACACACACACACACACCAUGGAAGUGGAAAGAAGUCAGAUGACAAUUUUUAGAAUAUAUUUGUAUCAUAUGUAAUGCUUAUGAAAUCUCUGGCAUGAGCCUAAUAAUUUAUUAUUUCCUUGGGGGCAGGGGAAGGAAUGGGUACACCUGCCUGUGUGGGUAGGCAGGACAAUGCAGGAGUGGCCUCUGUGUUUGGUCUUUGAAGCACACAUUUUUUCUGGGAAUCACACCACAUUAGCUGCUAGCCCUUCAGGACGCGGUGCGGUCUUGUGGAAUAUAUCAGAAACUGGAUUUUUGACUGGUUCUGCUAGCAAGAUGGACUGAAUGUUUCUUGCUUGGAUACACUGGUGGUUACCUGGAGCUGAACUGGCCUUCCAGAACACCUGUGUUCAUCUUUGGGUUUUUCUCUGCUUGUGUACCUCACCUCUUCGAGGCCUACAUGUUGCUCAGUCAUUGUAUAACCACGGCAAACUCAUUCCAAAGACCAACGACACAGAUGGACUUUGAGAACACUAAGCAAUAUAUAAGGAGAUGCACCCUUGGGGUGGCUGUUGGUCUCCUCCACCCCUGGGGCAUUGGCUAGUCUCCACACUAAACCCCAGAGCUGCUCUUGGUGCCCAGGGGCCUCAUCUCGGGCAGGUGUGGUGCCUGAGUCUAUUUCUCAGGUGCUUAUGUUGCAGUCCCUAGAGACUACAGUCUGGAGGAGAUAACAUCCGACUUUUCUUCCCACUGCGAAGAACUCGUGAAAGGUUGUGAACCCACAGCUGCUCAAAUAAAAGAAACAAUCAUGGUGAACUCAUGGAUCGGGGCUCACAAUCCUCCCACACAUUCUUCCCUGAGUGCAUUUCCCCACAAAUAUUUGAGGCGUUUCUUCUCCUCUGGGGGAAUGUGAGAUGAAGACACAAUGCUCACCUCAAAACCCUCUUAAUUCUUGGUUGAAAACCCAAGUAGGCAUAAAUUCUGAUUGCCAGUUGCUGUCGAAUUUAUAUUAGAAAAAUGACAUCUGUAAAAUUGUUACCAGGGAACUCAAUGCUUGGUACAAGAAGCAAGAGUCACAGUCAUUUUCACCCAAAUCACUUUGUAAAUAGAGGGUCUGUGCAUCAACGGGAGACAUGUAGAUCUGAUAUUUGUUGUUUAUUUUUCCUCUUCACAGCCAAUUUGUAGUGGUCAGAUGCUACACUAGCAGGAAUUUCCACAUUUUUCUAAUUCAAAAGGUUUUCUUAUAUUACUGGGGAAAGUAUUUAUUUUAAUAUAUAAAAUCACUCUUGAAAAUCACUUUUGUAAAAAAAUGGUGUGCAUGUAAUUUUUUUAUCAAGGAAAAAUAAAAACAGGUGAGUGUGGGUCUUGUUUUUAUUUCUCUCAGCACAGUCUACCUCAGUGUCUUGUUAGGAUGAGGUUCAGUAACAGACAUCUCGGCUUUGGAAUUCUGGCUGGAUUGCGCUCUGAGUUGGGGAGCUGUAUACAGGUUGAUUUCUGAAUGCCAGGGACUAGGAGCGAUUUUAAGGGAGGGAGGGAGUUGGGGUGAAGUUAGAGCCUUCCUGUGAACCCCGAUUCUUCACUGAUAUUCCUCUGAGUCUAACCUCCUUAUAAAACCUGUUUGUUGAUGCACACUCCUCACACACAAGCCGUGCUUCAGUCUAUCCUGAUUUAGCCUUUCUGUGAGGCCCCUCACCUAAGGUCUUUUGGUGACAAGUAAUGAGACUGUGGACCAGCACCCACAGCUGUCACAUGAAAUCCCCCAGACAUGAAUGCAAAGGCACUCCGGGUUCUCUGACCAUUCUUUCUCCUUAUGCUUUUCAGACCUAUGAGGCUUUGGGUGUUUGUGGUCAUCUUCUACACAAAUAGUAUGAAGGCAUUUGGAGGAAAUGCUAAUCUAAAACCCAUCAUUCUCUUGAACAUAAUUUAAAAAAUGAAGUAGAAGCCCUUUGCUGGGAUUUGGUUGACCUCAAGCUGACACUGUAUGGCCUUGUGCAAUUUUGAGAAUUCUGGAAGUCAAGGCAGGGCCAACAUGGCCUGUGUUUUCAAGCUUCAUCAUUCUUGUUUCACUUUAAGGCACUGUCCUUGCUAAUUCACUCUUCUCCAUCUUCUCUGGAGAUGUGUACCAACUUGUCAUGACCCUAUCAAAAACAGUUCGCCAAUUCCAUCUUGAUAUCUACAGUUACUGGGGAGAAGACAAGUAGCCAUAGGGUCACUAGACUAAUUUUGGCUUCAAAAGAUGUUAACUUUCUAAGAAAAGAACCUUAGGACCUAGAGUAUCAUGGCUAUCAGAAGAGUUUGUAGUGAUGAAUGAGAGAGAAAAAACCAACAAAACCGGGUUCAUUGAUGCUUUUUGUUGUGUGUUUUGGAAGAUGUCUCAUUAUUUUAAAACCCUUUUUAUGAUCAUGGUGAAAACCACACAGUCAUUUCUUCCAGGAUAAGAGCAGACAUGUUUUCUGUCUUGUUCAAUGACAGUAAUCACACACCAGGAAAUGUUCAUGCUCUUGGAGCCUUCCGGAUGCUUCCCUCUCAUUUGAAGCAAAUGGGAAGGGAAGAACAUUAAUGGUUUCCUGGAUUUAGGCUAAGCACAAUUUGGGAGAAUGUGGAGAUUGGCAGGAAGAGCUGCAUAUCUGUUUCUGUGGCUGUUGGGACACCAACAAAAGCACAGGUCACCUUUAUUGCCUUGCCAGGACAGACAGUCUACCAUGCAGAGUGAUUAUUGGGUUAAGGACUGUAAAUUUAUUUGAAGUCCACCAUAGCUGUGCAAGUCUGGUUUAUACUGGCAAUCUUGGUAAAUGAGUGGGUGUCAUUGUAGCAAUGAUUUUCCUGUUUCAUGAUUGGUCGAUGUGUUCUGGAUGCUAGUUGGUGAAUUCUUGAGAACAUAGCCUCUUCAAAAAUUAUGGUGUUGUUGGACAUGGGAAAAGAAAAAUGCUGAGUUUUUUGUAAAUGGCACACAUAUAGGGUAGAGCCAUUUUAGAUAAACUUCCAGAAUGUUCUUCAGAAUAUGAAUUUACUCAAGAUAUAAGGUUGGGGAAUAGAAAUAACAGAUUAUCACUUGCUGUUUAAGCUACACAAAAUAUGAUGGUCUUUUCAGAGGUCAUGACUGAAGGCAUAUUUAUCCUCAGGUGACCCUCAAGAGAUGGAGAUUGGUGAGCAUAACAGUCAAGGUCCAGAAUCAGUCUCUGGUCAAAUUUUUAUCUGUAUGUGGGACACUGAAAGAAACAAAAACAAAAAAGCUUGUUAAAACCUAGAUCAUGGACCUGGGAUUCUUGUUAUCAUUUGAGAAGGAAGGGCCUUCAAAUGUGUGUGUGUGUGUGUGUGUGUGUGUGUGUGUGUGUGUGUGUCCAUGCACAUGUCCAGGAAUGACUUGUUUGGUCCUUAUCCUUUGUAUCAAAGUUGCUGCUCCUUGUCCCUUUAUGUGCCUGGGUGGCUACACCCUGAAUGUCAGCAGUGUGGGAUCAAAUGUGCCACAGUGCUGUAGAAAACUCAGAAACACAAAAACCCACCCAAAACACAGUGAUGUUUUCCUACCAGUCAGGUAGCAUCAUGUACAGAAUACACCUUUUUUGUGAGGGGAGGGGAGGGACUGAAAUUGUUCUGCAUGUACAAUACAGGCUAAUUACUUGUUUAUAUUAAAAUUUGGAAUAAAUUA